UCCCGGUCACUGACGUCACAUCCAGGUCUGGCACUGGCCGCUGAUUGGUCUGUUCCUCGUACACUAAGCAGAGAUGGCAGCGGCAGCGGCGGUCCGGUUACUGGGGAGUUGUCGGUGUAUUGUGGCCGGAUCCCGGGCCUGGCUGGGCGGUGUACAGCGGACUAGGAGCUGGCUGGAGCCCGGGGCGGCCCGCCUGUACAGCUCAGACGGAAAGGUCUCAGUGAAGUUUAUCAAUCGGGAUGGAGGCACAAUUGUAGCGGAGGGGAAAGUUGGGGAGUCACUUCUGGAUCUUGUUGUAGAGAAAAACUUGGACAUUGAUGGUUUCGGUGCAUGCGAGGGGACGCUGGCCUGCUCUACGUGUCACCUCAUCUUUGAAGAUCACAUAUUUCAGAAGCUGGAACCAGUCACUGAUGAGGAAAUGGACAUGCUGGAUCUUGCCUAUGGACUCACUGAAAUGUCACGAUUGGGUUGCCAAAUUUGCCUCCAGCCAUUUAUGAAUGGAAUGACUGUAAAAGUCCCAGAAUCUGUAGCAGAUGUACGACAAACAGUGGAUAUGGGCAAGAGCUCUUGAAAUAUGCCAAAUAUGGAGCAAUAUAUUAACUUUUGAUAUAUAUUUUUUUCUUUAUUUUUAUAAUAGUUCUUACUUUAAUGCAACUCCUUACAUAUGAUUAUCUCUAAAGAGUAGGAGACUACUCUUAGUACUUAAAACUACUGUUUUCUCGCUAUCUGUGUCUCGUUAGAGUGAUUUCCCUUCACUUCUGCCUCUCUUGGAAGUGAAAGGAUAUCUUUCCGAUGUAGAGGAAAUCUAUCUUGGGCCCCUUUUUAGAUGAGCGGAUCUCUGUGCUGAGCAGGCGAAUAAUAGGUUUGUGUCUGCUCCACUAUGCAGAGCAGAUACUAACAGUAUGCUUUCCUCUAUGGGGCGGUCGAAUGGAAACGGACUACAUGUCCAUUUACAUCCGAUUGUCAUGCAAUCGGACCUGCUGGACGGAUCGCCAUAUGUCUAUUAUGAGCAUUUUUUUUUUUUUAAGGGAUUGGGUGCCCGGCGGGUGCCAGCGGACUCAUUGAAAUAAGUAUGGUGUUCUGUGCUAAGGUGAUGCAAUAGCUGCUGCCCACCCUAGCUAAGCCCACAAAUGUUGCAUCCGUAGAGACUAACAAGAAAAUAAGGGGGUAAGGUGCUGCUUUGUACUUAUUGGGUGAUAUAAAGAUGGAAUGAAUAAAUUGAAUUGAAUAAAAUAGUGCACUGUCACUUAAAGUGCAGUUCCAGCCAUUUAAAAGUCAGCAGCUACAAAGAGUGUAGCUGCUGAAUUUUAAGAAUCAGACACUUGCCUGAACCACGGUCCAGCGAUGCGUGUGUACGAAGCCCCGCUCCUCUCUGAGGUGCCGGAAUUCUAACUGUGUGCGGUCGGCUGUUUGCAUUGCACAUGCGCAAGCCGUGCUGUGCCAUGUGAAUGGCCGGCCAAUCUUCUGGGACCUGAAACUUGUCCCAGAAGAUUGUAAGGGGAGGAGAGGUGAAAUUCCUUCUGGCACUGCGGAGCCAGGAGAGGAAGUGGGAGAUGGGUGCCCAUAAAAGCAGGGUACCCCCCCAAAAAUGACAUGCCAAAUGUGUGAUAUCAGAGGGUCACCCGCACUUAAAGCGGAAGUUCAAUUUUUGGGGGGGAACUUCCGCUUUAAAUAGCGAAGACGCACUAAUGAAUAAGUAUAUGAAGUGUGCAGGCACAACCCUGCUGUCUAAUAACAUCCAUUAGUGACAUAAGAUAUAAACAAAGUGCUCAGAGUACUUGUAGUGCAAAACAACAAGGUAAUGUCAGUUUCUUGGAUUUUUUUUUUUUUUUUUUUUUAAAUCUGUAAGCAAAAAAAUCGUUUCAUGAAUUCACAAAGGUAAAACGCCACUUUCCUCACACUGCAGAGCUGACUCGAGUUUCUUGGAGCCUGCAAACAGAGACUAGAGCACAGCUCAUCCAUACAGCCUGGAGUCUAAAUGUUGUGCUUGGUGAUCACACACAACCUGUAUGUGUACAGUGUGGAUUGUAUACAGAGAGAGAGACGAAUAUAUACCAUAUCCCAGCAUCGAGGAGGUAAAAAAAAUCUCUACAUGAAUGAAUUCCACUGGCUGGAUUUCAUAAACUUCCCAGCAUCCCUCAAAUGGCAAAGUAGAAGGAAACAAAGGACAAAGAGUUGACUCCAUUGUGAGGCUUUUCACCCCUGCAGGGGUACAUCUUUUUGGCGAGUGUGGACCUGGGGUGGGCGCAUGAAAGUUCACCAAUUUUCUACUUCUUUCAGUAUUCACUCAAGCUCCAGCCACUUUUUUGAAUAUGCUCACUUGUGUGCCUAUAAACCUGAUUUUUUUUUUUUUUUUGCAAAUUGUUUUAUUUGUGUGUGUGUGUGUGUGUGUGUGUGUGUGUGUGUUUUUUUUUUGCACUCUGGGCACUUUAUUUAUAUCUUCUGUCACUAAUUGAUGUUAUACAGCAGGUAUGUGCUUGCACGCUUCAUACACUUAUUCAUUAGUGUGUCUUCGCUAUUUACGUGACAGUACACUAUUUAUUUUGUUCAAUUUAUUCAUUCCAUCUUUAUACCACCCAACAAGUAGAAAGCAGUGCCACUUCACCCCCUUUAUUUUUAUUUUUUUAUUGGUCAGCGGACUGCUGACCAAUGGGUGGUCUGAUUUGGGUCUGCCUGAAAAACUGACAGGGUCCUCUGGUGUGAAAGGGGCCUCCCUUGUCAUGGGAAUAAGUUCCCCAUUACAACAUUUUUCCCUCGCUUUUAUUCCUGAUGACUUUGAUCAGGACAAUUAAAGAAAGUGAAUCGUAGACGGCAAUCGCAACCUGACAAGGUUCUAACCAUUGUUCAAAUCGGAAACAUUUUACAAAAUUGCCUUUUUAGUUAUACUUUUAAGCACCUGUUAACACAAUGUAUUUUUUAAAUAUGCCUUUUAAUAUAAUUUAGAAUCUUCCAGUUUUGUCAACCUGUUUUCUCCACUCUGACUCACUGGAAUGUAGUUGUGAUUUCCUGUACAUUGCAGUGCCACAGCAGGUCAACUUUUAACAGCUUGGGAUUUGUCCAAAAUAUUGGAAGUUGGUUGGAGGCUUCUAAUUUGAUUGGUUGCUAUUUGAAGCACAUGACCUGUGGCCCCUAACCUGGACUCUCUGGCACCUGAAUCCUGCAUGAAGUUUUCCACAACUGGACAUUGGUCUACGUUUACUGCAAUGUCUUUUGAUUCUGCAAGUCUUCUGCUGGCUUGUGCAAUAGGGGAGACAUCUAUGCAAUAGGGGAGACUUCUAUAGGUACAAGAACUACGCCUGGAAAUGCUAGAUUUUCCCCUAUAGGAGUCACAGCACUGGCCCCAUCCAAGCUAUGUGACAUGUCCUUAUCUGCUUCCACCCAUGAUACAUACAUCCACAAAAUUACUGCAGCCUCAUGGUCCACAAAAGUACACGUUGAUGUUGAUACCUUUUUGUGGUAAGAAAAUGGAAAAAGCAGAUAUGAUUGUCAGCAGUGAGCCAUUCAGAAAGACUUCGCCUAACUGCAGUCAGUAAUGCUUGGCUGUGGAUUACUAGUUUUCAGCUGCUCUCUGCCUUAUCAGAUAGGAUACUUAUGUUUGUAAUACUGGAUUUUUGGACAAUUGUAAUUGCUGUAAUUUUUUUACUUGAGAAGAUAAUUGGUUGUUGGAAGAUUAUACCUUUUUAUUUAACAGUGUAAUUAAGAUUUUUGAGAAAAGUAAACAAUAGCCAUCAAGUACUAUAAAAUGAUAGAUGCUGAUUUUAGAAUAGUACAAUGCAUUAAAUAUUUUUUUUUCAAUAAAUCUGUUUAGUAAUGUUUAUGUGGUUUUUCUACAUGUCAUAAAGCAGUUUGAAAUCCACCAAAUUGCUGGUUGCUCACAAUUGGACCAGUCCUCAAAAUUCACCAAAUAUUUUACAUUAUUUUUAUGCAAAUAAAGUGUGUUUACUUUAAACA